UGGACCGAGCCCUUGUCAGUCGGGAUCCCUCACGUUGAGCACAGUCCGCCUCUCCGACUCUGUGUCUGCUCAGACUACCGUCAUAUUGGUUGCUAGAAGCAGCAACGACCACGGCAGAAAAGAAGACCCCCACCAUGAUGAAGAACGGGCUUCCACGGCGCUUAACGCACGAUUUAGUUUUUUAAAUACAUUUUACAUUAAUAAAUUAAAUAGUCGGGAUGAUACCGUCAAGUAUUCGUGUACCUUCAGUGGUUUCAGCCGACACCGUGGUCCGCAAGGGGGAUAUAUGCCUGAGUUCUCUUAAUAGCCAUUUUUUGCAGACAAAGAGAGCUGUUGAAUAGAGCUUUCAGGAGACACACGGGUCCCAGGGGCUCCUAUUAAUGAAGAAAGUGGGCAUCAUGUGGAGCAAUCUGAAGAGCAGAUGCCAGACACUCUUCCACAACAACAGUUCAGGACCCCAUGAAAGCAGGAUUGAGGCAGACACUGUCCACUGUGUGGUGGAUAUCGGUCAAGGAGGCAGCUCAGGUGGGGCACAGGCAUCAGGAGCCUCCAGCCCGUCACGAAGCCUCCUACCAGUGGUAACAGCAGGGCGCCGUCAUCAUAAUUGUGUGUCGGACAUACCUCAGAUUGUAGAGAUUACUAUUGACAAGGACGCUGAAGAUGUGCGGGGUGGGUCCGGGGGUGUUCCCUUGGCUCGCAGAGACUCCUACUCCCGUCAUGCCCCGUGGGGGGGCAAGAAAAAACACUCAUGCUCCACCAAAACCCAAAGCUCUUUGGAGGCAGAUAGGCGGUCUGGCCGCUUACGUGGGAGUGGGAACCGUAGGGACAGGCGCUAUGGGGUCAGCUCUAUCCAGGAGACAAAUGACUCUGUAUCAGUAGGACGCAGUCUGAAUGGUCGGUCUCUGCGCCAGCGGCUAAGUGAUACAGUUGGGUUGUGCUUACCCCUGCCUGCUCGCAGGUGCUCACGUUCCUCUAAGAACGCCGUCACCUCCAAACGUAAGAUUCACCUCACAGAGCUCAUGUUGGAGACCUGUCCCUUUCCACCAGGCUCAGACCUUGCUCACAAAUGGCACUUGAUCAAACAGCACACAGCACCAGUCAGCCCGCAUUCCUCUACUGCCCUUCUGGAUGCUUUUGACCCAGCCCACCCCUCUCCCGAGGAUGAGGAAGAACGUCUGCGCGAGCGCCGCAGGCUCAGCAUCGAGGAAGGUGUGGACCCACCACCCAAUGCACAGAUCCACACCCUGGAGGCCUCAGUGCCAGGAUCCUCUCUCUACAAACUGGGACCAAAAAUGGCUCCUGGCAUGGGAGAGGCCUCUGGGGAAGGCCGGGUCACAGGGGCCGGGAGCGCUCUGGCUGCUGCAUCAUCAGGAGCCUGUGGGCAGUUGUUGGGGGCUGCAGCAUCAUCCCAGGACUGUGACUCUGAGGAGGAUUCGACCACCCUUUGUCUGCAGGCCAGGAGGCCCAAGCAGAGGCAUGCUUCAGGGGAUGGUCACCUUAGCCGACAACAACCCGGUCCCUGGAAGGUUCAUACUCAGAUAGACUACAUCCAUUGUCUGGUGCCAGAUCUUUUAGAGAUUACAGCUCUGCCCUGUUACUGGGGCGUAAUGGACCGCUACGAGGCAGAAGCGCUGUUGGAUGGGAGGCCCGAGGGCACCUUCCUACUGCGUGACUCAGCCCAGGAGGACUACCUCUUCUCUGUUAGCUUCCGCCGUUACAAUCGCUCCCUGCACGCACGCAUCGAGCAGUGGAACCACAACUUCAGCUUUGACGCUCAUGAUCCUUGCGUUUUCCACUCUUCCACUGUCACAGGACUGCUGGAGCACUAUAAAGACCCCAGCGCCUGCAUGUUUUUCGAACCUUUGCUUACAGCGCCUCUUCAUCGGACUUUCCCCUUUGGCCUGCAGCACCUGGCACGGGCCGCCAUCUGCCGCUGGACCACUUACGAUGGUAUAGGGUCUCUGCCAUUGCCUCCUGCCCUGCAGGACUUCCUAAAGGAGUAUCACUAUAAACAGAAAGUACGAGUUCGCUGGCUGGAGAGGGAACCGCCACUCAAAGUCAAAUAGGGCGGCUUCUCCAUUGCCUGUUAGACAUGCUGCAGGAGGAAUUCAUGACUUUAGAAAUUCCUCAUUAGCAAAAUGGAAGCUAUACUGAUAUGGCUUUCUUACCGGUGGGGGAUCGAGUUUAAGUGUAACAAGCUAUACAAGAUUCAUUCUAAACUUUGUUUUAGUUAUUACUUACAUCACAAAAGUACAUAUGAUUAUAUUCAGUAUAAUGCUGUCUGGCAAGCACAUGUUUUUGCGUUGAACAGGUUGUUUUGACAGGGAGGGGAGACACAAAUAUCAGUGCUUUGUGUCUUUUUUUUUUUUUCCUUUCUCCUGCUUUGUGCUAAGUGUCUGCCUGAUCCCACAACAUCACCCUGCCUGUAGACCUGCCUGCAUGCCUCCCCCGUUCAUCCUAAAUUGCUAUUUAGGCUUACAUGGCUAUGUUGUACAGCUCACUUUGUGCGCUCUUACUUUUCUUCCUUAGCUUGUCAAAGCACCUAGUGGAGCACCUUUACAAGAGAAGGUGUGUGUGUCUGUGUGUGUGUGUGUGUGUGGGUUGAGAGGGGAUCUGGAGGUGCUAUUUUCGUAUACUGCAGUCAGAGCUUGUCCUAUGGAUAGAGCUACAUAAGUCAUAUUCUUUGCCAUCUCGUUGCGUGCAUCAGUGAAGCCAGAGAUGAAGGAAAACAAGUGAUUUCUAAGGAUUAUGCGUAAGUCCUAAAGGAACAUUAGUUUCUCUUUUAGCAGUAUGGUGAGUGAUGAUUAAUAAACCAGUUGACUCUGUGGCAUUUAGUAAGCAAGCUAAACUUGUCAGCUUUAUUCCACCUGUGUGGCAUUGCUUUGGAAACAUGACAGAUUGUGAGGAAAUCUUGUCAUUGGUGCAGAUGUGAAAGCAGCCUGUCACUUCUUCACUGACCAUAGGCAGUUUUGCAUGUGGACACAUGCACCCAGUUCAGUUCUUCCUGAAAUCGAGGUUAAUAUUUUAUUCCGUUUUAUAGGUGCCUCCUUAAGCUCACGAUCCAUUUGUUGCAUCAGCAAUAUCUGUAUAUUAAAUAUAUACAUAUAAAUAAAAAUUCAAAUAUAAAUAAAUCUCAAUCCAUGAAUUCAACAUAUGUAAUUACAUUUGAAACAUUAGUGCAGCUAGGCCUGGGUUCUUUUGGUUACAAUAAAGAAUCCUAACAAAUGUUUUUCAUAGGAAGUGAGAGCAGCUGUGUAAAGACUAUCUCUUUAAGCAAGUCGAUUUACAGUGUAGUGAGGCAGUAACGAGCCUUGUUCAAGAUUGGGCUGUGUCAUGAGACACUUCAUAUAGUUAUAGAUGAAUGAAGAGGAUUUCAAAAGCUCAGCAAGAAUCUUCUAAAAUAGGAAAGAACAACUCCCAGGAUUAGACUGCAGUGCUACUUUCUCUCUCUGUUCAUUGUCAUAAUUACAGUAUUAAAUGAUGAGAACCCUCAACUCUUGAGAGGCGGGCAUAUCCUCAUUUUAGUUAUCUAGCCUGUCAUUUCCAUAAUGUCUUAUUAAGUGUAACCUGUGUGCCUCAUACAUGUCCAAUAAUAUGUUACUUUAUUUUCCAAACAAGAGUGGGAGGUUCCUCAGCACGAUCCACUCGGCUCUCAUCAAAUAAAACUGAAGAUGGUCAUAAUGAAGAGUUGAAGGAGCAAGAAGCUCAAUAUUUAUUGUGCACAUUAAAGAUUUUAUAAUGGAUAACAUUUUAGUGGUGCUAUGUUGAUUAAGCUUUUGCAGAUUAUUGAAAUAACGGUGUGCAUUAGUCACAUCUGUUCUGACUCUGUGCGCGCAUUAACCGUUCUUUAUUGUUGGGUCCAGAGUCAGUCGUGCUGCUGUAGCAUGUUUCAGUUUAGAUAGCCAACCUGUCACAUGUAUAUUUUUUUCAUCCUCAGCUUGUCAGACAGCUGUAAUGAGUGAGCUUGAAGCUUAACUCUCUACUGUGAGCAUGUUGAAUGAUCUAACUAAGCUAUCAGUAUUAAAAUCAGUUCAUCAGCACAAGUAUUUGUUCAGUCUCCUGAGUAGUUGUAAAUAUGUAAUAACUGGCUUUUAAAUAACUGACAUAAGUUGAAAUUUUAAUAAAAUGUAUAGAUGACUGAAGGAGGGUGAGAUGGGUGGAGACUGAGUAGUUUCAUUAGGGUGUAAUCCUUCACAUUAAUGUUUCAAACUAAAAUAUUUAAACUGAGAUACAGAUGAGAUCAUGAUCACCGAGCCUACUCUGUCGAGUUCUCAAACUGUUUUUGUUUGCUCAUGUCAGCCCACUCAGCUGUUAAAAGAUGUAGUUCCCAUCAGUAAGGAUGAAUCAUGAGCAAAUAUAUAUUUUAUUUCUUAUAUCUGCAUCUGUGACCAAAGCUCUUGCACAAACCUACAUGUAUUAACUAGUAGUUUAAAGCUUAUGUAGUGUUAGACUUUAACUAGUUUAGAUUUUGGUUUUACAAACAAUUAAUGGCUAGUUCCCUACUACACUAUGUAAGACUUAGAGCUACACCAUCAACUCGCUACCAAAUACCUUUCCUCUGCUAAACAGUCGUCCAGUUUCUAUGGAUUUAUCAGAUGAUGAUUUUUCUGCAGGGGGUAACACGAUUGGUUAAAGGACUUCACCAACCAGUAUUAGCUUUUUCGGCUAUUUUGUGAACUGAUCAAGUUUUACUUCUUGUUUACUCAAAAGUUGUAGUACUCUACUAACAGCACUGCAGGUCUCUUUGUAUGUUAAUCACUGGUGUUAGCUGAAGUGGCAGGCGUGACCCUUAAGAGUGGAAUAAGGCUGACACUGAGUUUUCUUGCAUGUGCACUUCUAUGUUUGAGGUAUUUUAGCUUCCACACUGAACUGUACAAAUGAAACCCCCAAACUACGCAUACGUCAGACUGUCUUUCUCACUGUGUCUUGUCUCUCACGCUGCAGCCUAGCAAUGGUACACAGCUGCUACAGUACAAGUGCUGCAUCCUAUAUGCAGACACAGAUCAAAGGCCAGCGUUGCCAUUCUGGAGCCCACGGUCACUGUGCUGUAAGGUCCAGUCUGUGUUGUUUUUUCUUUAUUAUUAUUAUAAUAUACAAACUGUUCCCUCGCUGACAUCACUGUGACGAUGGUGUCCUGUUUAGGCUGAGGUGAACAAUAAGGAGGGAGGGAGGAGAUGUAGCUGGCUUGCUGAGUCCUGGCUUCCUGUUGCUGCAACAGCAUGCUCACAGAGAGGACAAGGGAUUUGUCUAAAUAAAUAGCACUUUAAUUGUGUAUUUGUUUUAUGCAGAGCAGCCCGCAAGUGUUGGGACAGUGACAUGUUUGUUUAGUGUUUUUCCCCCUGUCUUUAGUCCAGCAUAUUGGAUUUAAUCAAGCUGAGGAACAGAUAAGUGUGUGGUUGGAGUUGUUGACCUUUUAGUCGACUUCUCAGAACAAAAUUUACAAGUAGGGUCAACAGAUUCAGUCUUUUGCAACUAAUCCCUGCUGAAUUGAGUGAUUGCUUUCACUCUUAUGUUGAGGAUCACUGUUUGUCUGCUUUGAUCCAAAACAGAGGAAUUGCACUAUCCACACCCCCGCAGGGAUUUGACUACUCCAAAACCUACUGAGAAAUUUGAAUAGUUUUCAUAAUCUUUAUACCAUUUUGCCGAAUUAAAGAUCCAAAACAACUGAAAAUGUUCCACUGUCCAAAUUCUUGUGGACCGUACCGUGUGCACGUGUGUGUUAGCUGAAGAUGGCGAGACUUGGGUGAGUGUUACGAGGGGUGGGGGGGAGCUGGUGCUCCUAAAAUAUUUCACAGGUGUUGUAGGGUGUGUUGAUGAGAGUCGUUUUCUCCGCCUCGCUGAAGACUCGGUGCGUUUGUGUGCGUUUGUGUGUGGAUGUAUGUUAGCAUACGGACAGAGCCACACAGGGAGAGUUUCCCGUGGAGAGACGGGCAGAGUUGAAUGUGAGGGGUGACGACAGUGACUCCUAUGAACAACGCCUCUCUGCCCCAGUUCUCCCCCCGCCUCCCCACUUAUUCUCAGGCAGGCCCAUUGCAGGGAGAGUCCCAGGACCCUCUCAACCCAGUUUUCCCCAUGGGAAAUAUCUGACAUUAACCGUAGCACGUUUGCCAUAUAACCUGUAGAUUUAGGUGAGAAAAAAACCAACGUAUGAAUGAUGGAUUUAUGUAAUAGCCUGAUGAAAAGACAUUUUAUUCUUCAGUGGUGCAUACACUGUCUGGAACACACACAGAUUUGCACACACUAUCAACACUUCUUCUAACAAAUGCACUACCCCAGGUAUUCACACACCCUCCCUUCCCUCCCAAGCCAGGGAUGUAUAAACAUGGACCACAUUUAGCCAGCGCCACGUUUCUGUGCAACACCCAGCCCACACACACACAAAAAAGGGAAGGUAAAGCUGUGUGUGUGUAUAUUCUGUGUUCUUAAGCCAAACAAAAUACCACAUUUCAUUAGUAUGACACUAUUGGGCUGCACUAUGAGAGCCUUGUGUGUGGAGGCAAACCACAAACUCUGCUCUAGAUGAGAGAUGGUUGUCUCCUUAGCUGUCCCUUAAAAUAAUAGCAAUACCCCUGGAUGUAGGACGUAUAAACCAACCACCACCACCACGGUACGACUCAUGGUAUCAGAUCCUAGAGAAAAAGAGAGAAAAACAAAAAUAAAUAAGAGAUAUUUAAUUUUUUCAUGUUCCCAUAUAUAAAUAUAUAUAUAUUUUAGAAAGCUGGGUUAAGUGCUUUAUGCAAACAGAAGUAUGAAAGAAUUAUUAUUUUUCCUUAUUACUGCUCCCUAAUAUGCAAUGGAGUGUAGUGUAACAAUGGUUGCAAUCCUCUGUCACUUUAAUGCUGUAUGUGCACAUUGGUUGCUGGGUGGAUGUGGGUGCCGAGGCAACAGGACUUGACAGUGAUGGGAACUAAUGGUUGUCACUCUGCAGCACCGGGAUGUUCCCAGACUGCCCUAUUCGUUUUGGCCAAUCACAGAAAGCCCUUUAAAUCCGGGGCCACAGCCGCUGCCGCGGGGCUGACCAAACUAUCGUCAGAUGAAUAUCGCCGUUCUGUUCUUUUCUGCUUUUCCUCACCCGUUUCUUUUCUUUCUUUCUUCUGCUGUCAGGUAGAAUUCGGAGCGUGUAAAUGGCAUAAUCAUGUUCACAUUUCACUGUCUGUUCUGUGUAUCUGCAUCACCAUUCAAAGACGGAAAAAAAAAAACAGUUGUUUUUCAGUAUAACCUGUUCAUUUUUAAGAGCCGUAUGAUGCGACACUUGUAGCUGUCACUCUUGGUGCUUGGCUUAUGCUUCAUUGUCUUAAUAUUCCAAAUAAAACUGUUAAGUGUAAUCCACACUGGCCCAUGAUAUAA